UGGAGUCCCUGACGCUGAGAUACCAACGCGAAAGCAGACAGAGCACUAAUAUUCCCAUUUCUGAUAGCUCGAGAAACCCACGGCAGCCAACAAGCCCCGGGUACACUCCCGGUCUUCAAGGAUACCCCAGUCCUGGAGAUCUGGAUCAAGCCAUGCCGGCCCACGCAGCACACCCGCAAGGACUUCCGAUGAGGAUGCUCUCUCAGUCGGCCAUGGCGCCUGUUGCGCAAGGCCAAUACCAGCCCUCGGCUGGACGCGGUGGACUGACGAGACUGGUUCCCACUCCGUUGGAGAAUAGCCCCUCCAACUCGCUUCGCAGCCAAACCAGUUCAAACCUGUUCAGAAUUCAAGACUUGGAGUAAAUAUUUCCUUUGUUCUUUGUCUCGUAGUCUGAACUUGUAACAAUCUCUCUUUUUUAAACCAUAGUUCUUUAACAGAUGGUCUGUUCGAUAUACUUGAAUGCUUCGAGUUGUAUGCAAAUUAACUUCGCCUGCCG